GUGGUGGAAACACUUCAUCACAAUCUCAACCUCCAUCCGACGGCUCACACUGAUUCAAAAGGGGCCAAAAGGAUUGUUUUAUUCUCAGCCACAUUGCUUUCCCUUCACUAUUGGUUCUUAGCUUUUGUGGAGCCUGAGUUAGGAGAGUGAGAGAGAGAAGAGAAGAGAGUUUAGCUGUAGUGAGAUGGCUUCAUUGAACAUAUUCUUUUCGCCAGCAGUGACCACCGGAAGAGUGUAUGCUGCGACAGCAGCCAAGAGCUCCGGCGGAAGUGAGGAGAAGAGCCUCCUGGACUUCAUUCUUGGGGGGUUAGCGAAGGAAGAUCAGAUGCUGGAGACCGACCCCAUCCUGAAGAAGGUGGAGGAGAAGAAUGGCGGCCGCAAGAAUGUUGUGGCGGUUCCUCCCAAGAAGAAGAAUGGUGGCUUUGGAGGCUUAGGAGGCCUUUUCGACAAGAAAUGAAUCUACUGAAUGACACCCCAAGUUUCUCUCUCUCUCUCUCGCUACUGAAUGAAUGAAUCUACUUUCAAGCGUUGAUGAUUCAUCUUCAAAUGCUAAGUUGUGUUUUCAUUUUCUUAUUUAUGAACUGAUAUAUAUUUAUUACGAAUAAUCAAUUCAUUUGGCAAUCUGGACCCUGCCACUAAUAUUAAUGCUGUAGCAUUGUUUACAGGAAACUACUGCGGUGUACCUAAACUACCCCCAUAAUUAUCAAAUAAUUUCUCUUCA